AAUGUGAAACGUCAAACAAACUCAUUGAAGAUGUAAUCAAGUUUUAACUUAAUGUUUGUGAAAGAGAAGUGACAUGCUAAAAGAAAUAACCUUAACUGACCCUCUGAACAUUCACGCCGGAGAUGUAUAUCUUUAUCUAUUUUGCCCUUAGCAUCUGAUAUUUCACACAGUGCAACAGAAGGACUUUUUUUUUAAUGUUUACGUAUAUUUCAAGAGUUGUUGUCGUCAAGAGACUUUAUACGGUACUUUUGGGAACGUUAUUGACCAGCUGAAGGCCAAUGUGGAAUGCUUCCUCUUGACUAAAUUGUGUAUUUGCGCGUAAUACAUGCAGAUCGGCUGCCCAAUGAAAGUCUUAUUUCAUUCAACGCCACAUUGGGCAACUUGCCCAUGAAUGAUGAGGAUGAAAUGAUGAGGACAACACAACACCCAGUCCAUGAGAAGAGAAAAUCUCCAACCCUGCCGGGAAUCGAAUCCAGGCCAACUUGCAUGGGAGAAGAUGGCAUCAGGGAAAUGCAGAAGUUCUGUUUGUGGUGCAACUCUCAUCAAACAAGAGCCAGUUGAGGCUGACCCACUUGCAUCCCCAGAGCAAGAGAUCGAGCACUUAUCUGUUAAGCAAGAAACUCCUGUUGAUGCCAACCCACUUGCAUCCUCCAAGCAAGAGAUGGAGUAUGUAUCUGCUAAGGAAGAAACUCCAGAGUGGGAUGUGCCUGAUGACCACGAUAGUACACAUGAUCCACAAAGCAUCAUCAAAGAGGAGUGUUCAUCUUCAGAAGACUUUCUGAGCCCUAGCGCUCCCAGUAUUGAGGACGACGACGAGGAAGACGAGGAUGCAGUGAGUGAGGAUGACUUUGAGGAGCUCAAGCAUGAAGUGGAGUCAAGAAGUAGUGGCAGUGAAUCAGAAAGUUCCAUCGGUGUUGGUGUGGACAACGACAACGACACUAGCGGAGACAACAGCGGUUUGAUUACCAGCAUUCCACUGCAUUCGUGCAGUGUGUGUCACAAAAUGUUCACAAAGAGUACCUAUUUGAAGAAACACUUCAGAGUCCACAGUGGUGAACGCCCAUACAGCUGUGGCGUUUGCAACAAGACUUUUGCGCAAAGUUGGGCACUGAAACAGCAUUUGCGGCGGCACACAGGCGAACACCCAUACAACUGUGGCGUUUGCAGCAAGGCAUUCAUGCAAAAAUCUGAUCUGAAGAAGCACUUCCGGGUGCACACUGGUGAACGUCCGUACACCUGUGACGUUUGCAACAAGGCUUUUGCACAAAGUAGUGCGUUGAAGCAGCAUUCACGAUUGCACACUGGUGAACGACCAUACAGCUGUUGUGUCUGCAGAAAGACAUUCAGAGACAGUGAUAAACUGAAGAAUCAUUCACGAUUGCACACUGGCGAGCGUCCGUACGUCUGUGGUAUGUGCAACAAGACAUUCGCUCUAAGUGCUUCACUGAAGCGGCAUUCACAAGUGCACACUAGUGAACGCUCGCAUAGCUGUAGUGUUUGCAACAAGACAUUCAGACACAGUAGUAGCCUGAAGGACCAUUUGCGAAUUCACAGCGACGAACGCCCCUACGUAUGUGGCAUUUGCAACAAGACAUUCGCUCAAAGUUGGGCACUGAGGCACCAUUCACGAUUGCACAGUGGUGAACGCCCAUACAGCUGUUGCAUUUGCAGAAAGACAUUCAGAGACAGAGAAGAAGUGAAGAAGCAUACACGACUCCACACUGGCGAGCGUCCAUACAUCUGUGGUGUUUGCAACAAGACUUUCGCUCUAAGUUCUUCGCUGAAGCGGCAUUCUCGAGUGCACACUGAUGAACGCCCUCACAGCUGUGAUAUUUGCAACAAGGCUUUCAGAUGCAGUAAUAGCCUGAAGAAGCAUGUGCGCAUGCACACUGGCGAGCGCCCGUACGUAUGUGCUGUUUGUAACAAGACAUUCGCGCAAAGCUGGGCGCUGACGCAGCAUUCACGAUUGCACACUGGUGAACGCGUACACAGCUGUGGCAUUUGCAACAAGACAUUCACUCGAAGUUCUGCACUGAAGAAGCAUUCACAGCUGCACACCGACGAACGCCUAUGAAGCUGUCAAGUGUUUCAUAUCCCUUUACACCCUGAAAUAUUUUUCAUUGUGCAAGAACUGCAGGUAGCAUUAUUAUAGUGUCCUGAUGUCAUUGAUUGCAGAAAAAAUACUGCGAACAAUUUUUCAUUUAUAACUAUCCAAAAAAGCACAAGCAUGAUCAUACAGGUCAGGUUUUAAUUCAGUAGACAGUUCAUAUGAUUUCGUGCUGUCAUCAAAAAUAUUAAAAUCAUAGCAAGAAUGUUUUAAUAAUUACAUCAUAAAAUCAAACAUUA